GGCCCCCCCCCCCCCCGCCGCCCGCCAGACGGUGGCUGAGGAGGCAGCGGGAGGGGAUGGUGCGUCUGGCGGAGGCGGCGGCGGACACCGCUCCGGCUCCUCCAUCCCCUCCGCCGUCGCCAUGGGUGUGAGCAGGGCCCCCCGGCCCGCGCAGAUAUGAGGCAUCUAUUAACAAGCUAAAAGUGACAGAACCAUGGCUCAGUUUCCAACACCUUUUGGGGGCAACCUGGAUAUCUGGGCUAUUACUGUGGAGGAGAGAGCUAAACAUGAUCAACAGUUCCAUAGUCUGAAACCAACAUCUGGAUUUAUCACUGGUGAUCAAGCUAGAAACUUUUUUUUUCAAUCUGGGUUACCUCAACCGGUACUAGCACAGAUAUGGGCUCUAGCUGACAUGAACAAUGAUGGGAGGAUGGAUCAGUUGGAGUUUUCAAUAGCUAUGAAACUUAUCAAAUUAAAACUACAAGGUUAUCAACUCCCAUCUGCACUGCCUCCUGUCAUGAAGCAGCCACCUAUUGCUCUGCCUAGUGCACCAGGAUUUGGUAUUGGGGGCAUUGCCAGCAUGCCAUCUCUUACAACUGUUGCCCCAGUGCCAAUGGCAUCUAUUCCAGUAGUAGGAAUGUCUCCACCAUUAGUAUCUUCUGUUCCUGCAGCAGCAGUACCUCCCCUGGCUAAUGGAGCUCCUGCUGUUAUACAGCCUCUGCCUGCUUUUGCUCAUCCUGCCACAUUGCCAAAGAGUUCUUCCUUUAGUAGAUCUGGUCCAGGAUCACAGCUAAAUGCAAAACUGCAAAAGGCACAAUCGUUUGAUGUGGCAAGUGUGCCUCCUGUGGCAGAGUGGGCUGUACCUCAGUCAUCAAGACUGAAGUACAGACAGCUGUUCAAUAGCCAUGAUAAAACAAUGAGUGGACACUUAACAGGUCCACAAGCAAGAACUAUUCUUAUGCAGUCAAGUUUACCACAGGCUCAGCUGGCUACAAUAUGGAAUCUUUCUGAUAUCGAUCAAGAUGGAAAACUUACAGCUGAAGAGUUUAUUCUGGCUAUGCACUUAAUUGAUGUAGCUAUGUCUGGUCAGCCGCUGCCACCUGUACUGCCUCCAGAGUAUAUUCCACCUUCAUUUAGAAGAGUACGCUCUGGUAGUGGCAUAUCUGCUGUAAGCUCAGUAUCUGUAGACCAAAGGUUACCAGAAGAACCAGCAUUAGAAGAAGAGCAGCAGCAACUGGAAAAGAAACUACCAGUUACAUUUGAAGAUAAAAAACGGGAGAACUUUGAACGUGGCAAUCUAGAACUUGAAAAACGGAGGCAGGCUCUCCUGGAACAGCAACGCAAAGAACAAGAGCGUCUGGCACAGCUGGAACGGGCAGAGCAGGAGAGGAAAGAACGUGAGCGGCAGGAACAAGAGCGUAAAAGACAACUGGAGCUAGAGAAACAGUUGGAAAAACAACGUGAGUUGGAACGGCAAAGAGAAGAGGAAAGGAGGAAAGAAAUAGAAAGAAGAGAGGCUGCAAAACGGGAACUAGAAAGGCAACGGCAACUUGAGUGGGAGCGUAAUCGUCGACAAGAGCUACUAAAUCAAAGAAACAAAGAACAAGAGGACAUAGUUGUUCUGAAGGCAAAGAAGAAGACAUUAGAAUUUGAGCUGGAAGCUCUAAACGAUAAAAAAAAUCAGUUGGAGGGAAAGCUUCAGGAUAUCAGAUGUCGGCUGUCUACCCAAAGACAAGAAAUUGAAAGUACAAAUAAAUCUAGAGAACUGAGAAUUGCAGAAAUCACCCAUUUGCAACAGCAGCUACAGGAAUCUCAGCAGAUGCUUGGAAGGUUGAUUCCAGAAAAGCAAUUGCUUAAUGAUCAGCUAAAGCAAGUUCAACAGAACAGUUUGCACAGAGAUUCUCUUCUUACAAUCAAACGAGCCUUAGAAGCCAAGGAACUAGCACGUCAGCAGCUUCGAGACCAGCUAGAUGAAGUAGAAAAAGAAACCAGAUCUAAACUUCAGGAAAUUGAUAUUUUCAAUAAUCAACUGAAGGAGCUGAGAGAAAUACACAACAAACAGCAACUACAGAAGCAAAAGAACUUGGAAGCUGAGAGGCUGAAACAGAAGGAACAAGAAAGAAAGACAGUAGAACUGGAAAAGCAAAAAGAAGCUCAAAGGCGAAUCCAGGACCGGGACAAGCAGCGGCUUGAUCGUGUGCAACCAGAAGAAGAGCUUCAGUGGCCAAAAAAAAUUCAGGAAGAUGAGAAGCAAAAAAGGGAAGAAAUAACCAAGAAGAAGGAAAGUGAGGAUAAGGGGAAACAGGAAAUGCAAGAGAAACUGAGUAAGCUUUUCCAACCACAUCAAGAGCCAAUCAAGCCAGCUGUCCAGGCCCCUUGGUCAAAUGCAGAAAAAGCUCCUCUAACUAUUUCUGCUCAGGAGGAUGUAAAAAUAGUGUAUUAUAGAGCUCUGUAUCCUUUUGAAUCAAGAAGCCACGAUGAAAUCACUAUUCAGCCUGGCGACAUAGUCAUGGUGGAUGAAAGCCAGACUGGAGAACCUGGGUGGCUUGGUGGAGAAUUGAAGGGGAAAACUGGAUGGUUCCCUGCAAACUAUGCAGAGAAAAUACCUGAAAAUGAAGUUCCAGCUUCUGUAAAGCCAGCAGUUGAGGCAGCUGCUGCACCUAAAGUUUCUGUGCAUGAAACCACUACGUCGCUAGGAGCUCCUGCUUCUACAGAGUGUACUACAACUGCCAACAACUGGGCAGACUUCAGUUCAACAUGGCCAACAAACACUAGUGAGAAACCGGAAACUGAUAACUGGGAUGCCUGGGCAGCUCAACCGUCUUUGACUGUUCCCAGUGCAGGGCAGCUGCGGCAGCGAUCAGCCUUCACUCCUGCCACUGUUACAGGAUCAUCUCCCUCUCCUGUCUUGGGUCAGGGUGAAAAAGUGGAGGGACUUCAAGCACAGGCUUUGUAUCCUUGGAGAGCGAAAAAAGACAACCACCUUAAUUUCAAUAAAAAUGAUAUCAUCACAGUUUUGGAGCAGCAAGAUAUGUGGUGGUUUGGAGAGGUUCAAGGACAAAAGGGGUGGUUUCCUAAAUCGUAUGUGAAGCUUAUUUCAGGCCCCAUUAGGAAGUCAACGAGCAUGGAUUCUGGUUCCUCAGAAAGUCCUGCUAGUCUGAAAAGAGUAGCAUCACCAGCAACAAAAGCAACUACGUCAGGUGAAGAGUAUAUUGCUAUGUAUACAUACGAGAGUUCUGAACAAGGAGACCUAACUUUUCAACAAGGUGAUAUGAUUCUUGUGACAAAGAAAGAUGGCGACUGGUGGACAGGAACACUGGGUGAUAAAUCAGGAGUUUUCCCAUCUAAUUAUGUGAGACUCAAAGAUUCUGAGGCUCCUGGAGCAGCUGGAAAAACGGGAAGCUUAGGGAAGAAACCUGAAAUUGCCCAAGUUAUUGCCUCUUACACAGCAACGGGUCCAGAACAGCUUACUCUUGCUCCUGGUCAGUUGAUUCUUAUCAGAAAGAAGAAUCCAGGUGGCUGGUGGGAAGGAGAGCUCCAAGCGCGAGGGAAAAAACGGCAGAUAGGAUGGUUCCCUGCUAAUUAUGUAAAACUUUUGAGCCCUGGUACCAGUAAAACUACACCAACCGAGCUACCUAAAUCAACAGCAUUACCUUCAGUGUGCCAAGUAAUUGGCAUGUAUGACUACACUGCACAGAAUGACGAUGAGCUAGCGUUCAAUAAAGGCCAGAUUAUAAACGUCCUUAACAAGGAAGACCCAGACUGGUGGAAAGGGGAGGUGAAUGGACAAGUGGGUCUCUUUCCAUCCAACUAUGUGAAGCUGACAACAGACAUGGACCCAAGCCAGCAAUGGUGUGCAGACUUGCAUCUUCUGGAUAUGUUGACACCUACCGAAAGAAAAAGGCAGGGAUACAUCCAUGAGCUAAUUGUCACAGAAGAGAACUAUGUAAAUGAUCUGCAGUUGGUCACAGAGAUCUUCCAGAAACCACUAAUGGAAUCUGAGCUGCUAACAGAAAAAGAAGUUGCUAUGAUUUUUGUUAAUUGGAAGGAGCUGAUUAUGUGCAAUAUAAAACUACUGAAGGCUUUGCGUGUGCGUAAGAAGAUGUCUGGAGAGAAGAUGCCAGUGAAGAUGAUUGGUGACAUACUGACUGCUCAGCUGCCACACAUGCAGCCUUACAUUCGGUUCUGCAGCUGCCAGCUCAACGGGGCAGCGCUCAUCCAGCAGAAGACAGACGAAGUCCCCGAGUUCAAGGAGUUUGUUAAAAGGUUAGCAAUGGAUCCUCGCUGUAAAGGAAUGCCACUAUCAAGUUUUCUACUAAAGCCUAUGCAACGGGUAACAAGAUACCCACUAAUAAUUAAAAAUAUAAUAGAAAACACUCCUGAAAACCACCCAGACCACAGUCACUUGAAGCAUGCUCUUGAGAAAGCAGAAGAAUUAUGUUCUCAAGUAAAUGAAGGCGUGCGGGAGAAGGAAAAUUCAGAUAGGCUGGAGUGGAUCCAGGCUCAUGUUCAAUGCGAAGGCCUGUCGGAGCAACUCGUUUUUAAUUCUGUUACAAACUGCUUGGGACCACGCAAGUUUCUGCACAGUGGGAAACUCUAUAAAGCCAAGAGUAACAAGGAACUGUAUGGCUUUCUGUUCAACGAUUUCCUCCUCCUGACUCAGAUCAUAAAACCUCUUGGCUCUUCUGGCACAGACAAGGUCUUCAGCCCCAAGUCUAAUCUGCAAUACAAAAUGUACAAAACUCCCAUUUUUCUAAAUGAGGUACUAGUAAAAUUACCCACAGACCCUUCUGGAGAUGAGCCCAUCUUCCAUAUCUCCCACAUUGAUAGAGUCUAUACACUCCGGGCUGAGAGCAUUAAUGAAAGGACUGCCUGGGUUCAGAAGAUCAAAGCUGCUUCAGAACUUUACAUAGAGACUGAAAAGAAGAAGAGGGAAAAAGCCUACUUAGUUCGCUCACAAAGAGCGACAGGCAUUGGGAGGUUGAUGGUGAAUAUUGUUGAAGGCAUUGAACUAAAACCUUGCAGGUCCCAUGGAAAGAGUAAUCCAUACUGUGAGGUAACGAUGGGCUCUCAGUGCCACAUUACCAAGACGAUACAGGACACCCUCAACCCGAAGUGGAACUCCAACUGCCAGUUCUUUAUCAAAGACCUCGAGCAGGAUGUGCUUUGCAUUACGGUGUUUGAGAGGGACCAGUUCUCCCCAGAUGACUUUUUGGGCAGAACAGAGAUCCGUGUGGCAGACAUUAAGAAGGAUCAGGGGUCAAAGGGACCAGUUACAAAGUGUCUCCUUCUGCAUGAAGUCCCAACAGGAGAGAUAGUCGUCCGACUAGACCUGCAAUUGUUCGAUGAGCCUUAGAAGGAGAGGGACCAAUGUUUUAUUUCAGUCUGAGUUCAACUGCAAUAGGUGUCUGCAGAAGCAAAAUCCUUAUCAGUGUGAUAUGAAACUACUGCUUGCCCUUCACACGUAAGAGGGUUAUCAAAGCAAACAGGAGCAUCUUUGUGCCUUGAUAAUUCUCACUGAAAAAUUAAUCCCAAUUUAGUGAGGAGAUCUCCCUCGAUUUCUCUGUGUGGAACUUGAGGUUAGUUUCCUAGGUUUAUGGAAUGACCUAGUUGUUCGUUGUGCUCCAGUCUGAAAGGCUGGCAAACCGUAUAGGUUGCUGUGCUUGCUCCAGUUACCCUAGUCUUUAAUUUACAUGAAGGAGGCAAUGUUGGUACGUUUUGGAGGCUUUCUGCAGGGUUUUCCCCCUUAAGGAAUUCUGUGCCUAUUGCUCAGCAAAGUGGUGUGUAAAUGUAAUGUGAAUGGAAGGAGCAGUUACGCAGUAAGAAGAUCUUGAAGAUCUUCAUUGUGGUACUGAAAAGACUUAGAAAAUAAAUAGUCUAUAUCUAUAAACAGAGAAGAUUCUAUUAACAUACCACUUCAUGAUUCAUGUUGCCCCUGAAAAUAAAUUACGUAUGGUCCUUCUGCACAGAGAUGAGUUGCACGCCAGAAGAUUCCACCCACUCAGUACCUUUGGAAGUUGUGGUUUUCUAGAGGACUGUGAAUGCUCGAACAGUAAGCGAAGGAUUAAAUGUAGAGCCCUGCUGAAUGUCGUGCUAUACCACUUUGAUACUACUUUACUACUGCUGCUUGAUCCUGUGACUGCAGAUGGAUGAUCUGUCACCUGCAGCGGGGAAGAAAAAAAAAAUAAAUCAUGACUCUAGCUCAGGAAGCUAAUUUCCACCCCACAUCAUAAUCUAGUUUGCAAAGCAAUCAGUGGUGACCAGUUAUUAAAAGGUACCGUGCCUGACUGUGUUUGACACCAUGUCACUGAAAUCAGGGCAGCGGCGUGCCGUGGCGACGGCGGGGGCGGUGGCAGCGAUGCUGGAUGCGACCGGCCACCGAGCGCUUGGGAUGGUGCAGAGUGGGUAACCCCAAAGUUAACAGCCUUGUCAGCUGGGGGAAUGCCAAGGCUUAUAUCUCCAUUUAACUCUACGAAUACACACCUAUGGCCCCACAUCCAGCAAAUUUUCCCCAUUUGGCAAAGCGCCCAGCUGUAAGGGCUUGCGCCUCGUUUCCCUUGAGAACACGCAUAGGUGCUUUGCUGAGUCUGGACCCCAGAGAAAGAAUAGACCCCUCAGAGUAAAAUUCCUCUUUGUUCUGCUCGGAUUCAUUUUGUUCCUCACCUAUCAUGCAUACACUGGUAUUUUUGUAAGGACUUUCUUUCCGACCGGGAGGUGUCAGCCUGUUUCAUUAGCAUGUGAACGUUCUUGUGGAGCCUGUUGUUAGGUUUUGGUGUUCCUUGCAUGUCCUUUCAGUACUGGUUUCCACCUUUCCUGUAUAGGCGGUGUUCUCUAGCACUACAAGUCUUAUUGAUUUCCAUUAGGAAAUUAGGAUAUCUUCAUAACGGAUAGGUAGAUGAUACAGUAUGGUAAUAAGUGUAAACUGUGCUGGGAAGUGUCUGUGUACUAUAAUUUCCUACAAGACCACUGUAAUGUUUCAAGCAAUGGGAAAAAAAAAAAUGUAUGUUGGAGGGACAACAAAGUUUACAUUUCAUACUUUUCAGAAUCGCUUUAUUAUUUAUUUAUUGAAGAUAGUGUAGAAUUUUGUAUCAGAAAUGACAGACAUACUUAUGUAUUUUUUGAAACAAAACAGAGAUACACACUUUAGUUAGAAACUUUCAACUGACCACAUUUUAGAGGGAGUGUAACUUCCUAGGCAUGCAUUUGUUUACCACUAACUGGCUGAAAACACAAUUAAGAGAACUUUAAGUUUCUAUUUUUCAAUGUUGUUAAGAAAAUUGUUUCAAUUAAAAUAUGUAAAUAGUACUAAACCCAUUCUUUCCUAAUUCCAUAUCAAUACAUUUUAUUAAAUAUAAUGUAUAUGAAAAUACACAUUGUUGUGGUAGGAUAAAAAAAAGUGAUAAAAUCUAUUAAUGGAGUAACAUUAAAUGUCAUUGUCUAACCUUUUAUCGCUGUCCUAAUUUUACUCAGUAGCUGUAAAUACGGUGAACAUUUGUUUCAGUGUUUAAAAAGUAGCAUAACAUUUUAUGGUAUCAUUUCACCAGCAUGAAUUACAGUAACAACUGAAUAGACAAACAGGACAAAAGAGACCACGGGCGUAAUGCAGAAAUCCUGGCCAGGUUUUUGAAGGGAGCCUCAAGGAGCUUCACCUUCUUCUGAGACUCAACUGGUGGUGGAAGCAGGAGACCUUUAGUAGCAGUGUCUCCUCUCAGAUUGCGACCCCUUUCAUGGGCACGUACGAUUGACACCAUUCUGGGGAAUUGUAACAGAACUGAGCACCUUCCCAACCACCAUCACUUGUGACUUCCCACUUACUCUCGAUGCACAGCAAUGUUUGACUCCCGUUAAUGUCAAUACAUUAGAGUUAUGCAAACAUGAUGAUGAUGAAAGACUGGGGUUUGGCACACAGAUAUCUAACAAAUCCCUCAUAAUCAUUCUAAUCCUAAAGAGGAAGCUUGUCCUAAUCACUGUGCAUCGUGGACGGAAUGCGGCUUCCUUAGAGCCAGCUGACUGUGCAUCGGGAUGUUGCUAUUUUCUCCGUGCCCUCCCUCAGUGCUCUGUAGCACAUUGGUGCCAUCAGCUUCCCAGAUGGAACUGCUUUUCACCGGGGUUAGCCAAAGGUUCUUAGAAACCCAUUGACUCCUGCCUGGUUUUCCCUGCUCAGUCUUGCACAUCAUUUUGCAUUAACUGUACGGGCUACAGGUUUCUGCUUUUCUACCCACCGUAGCUGCAUAGACCUUCCUGCUCAUCCAGGACUUCAUGCUGUAAAAGCUCAGGCCUUUUACUGAAAGAGGAGGCUCAUUAGCUGUAUUCCUACUAGUGCUUUUAUAGAGUAAACAGCAAGCUCUCAUGGGCUUAUUUAAAUACCGCCUGUGUUCUGAAGAGGUUGGGGAAAGGAGGGUCACACAGCAGUACCUAGGAAACUAGGAAUCUCUUUGUGUGUUGAGAAAGUCAGCUGGCAUUACCAGAAUAUAGGAAGGUCAAGCCAUCCUCUUACGAGUGCCAUGUGCUGGCUGUCAGGCCAAACUCUGCUCAUCUGUGCUUCUGGUAUUGAAUACCUAGAUUUAUGUAGACCCUAUUUUUCAGAGGCUGGUUAUUGAUUUCUGGAUAUCUUUAUAAAAUAGCACACCUUAGCUCACAGGUCCCUUUCCAGCCCCAGCAAGACGUGAGUGAACUUUUCCUAAUGUUAUGCAAGACAACCACAACAACAAAAUUGAAGCCAAGAUCAUACUUGAUCACAUUUUGGAUGGAAAGAGCAGAUUCAUACAGAUAAGCAUCCCCACUAAAACAUGGAGGUUGUAAAUCUGUGUAUUGUGGAGCUCUGGGACUGGCUGUCUGCAUUUGCUAUGGUAAACUUCAUCCUUGCAGAGAGGCUGAAUACAACGUCUCUCCAUUACUUGUCCUUAAAAUGAGGCAUUGGUGAGAUUGAACUGGUACGUGGGCCACUGGGAGUGGUUCUCAAGAUGGGGUUUCAUCUCUACCUUUUAGCAGGCUCUACUUUAUUGGAGAAGACUUAGAAGUGACUCACCAGCAUCAAACUUCUUGGCUGGAAAUCAAGCUUUUCUAAAAAUAAUACUGUGACUUACUUUGCAAUGCAUUCACUGCCUUCAUUGAAACAGUGGUCUUGCUUUGGAUGAACUGGGAGAAAAAACCUGAAGAGAAGAAAGAGCAAAAUCUGCAGCUGUGAGGAAACACGUUGGAAAGAGUUGCAGUGGUGGUUUGGUUUCCAAGCUGUAAUGUGAGGAAUUGCAUCUUCCCUUACGUAUGUUCGUUGUAACAACAAGAGUGGUGUUUCUUCCUAGUGCUUUCUUGGCUUUAAGUCUUGUAGUAGAACUGAGUUAAUGGGUCAGAGACUGGAAGGGAACACCACCACCUUUAGAAAUUAUUAACGUGACUUUGGAAGAAUGGUAGUACCUGAGGAUGGGCAGAAUGUCAACGUUGUUGUGGCUGCAGAGACAGGACAGGAUUCCUCAGAGAAAGAAAAGGAAUCUUUUUUUCUUUUCUUUUUUUUUUUUUUUGAGGAGUGUUGGUUUAAAAUCAGGUCCAAUCUCACAGCAGAACUUCAAUGAUCCAGGACCCCAAGCAUCCAUAAUCAUAGCAAUAAUAAUAACAACAGUGAUUAAUAACAAACCACGUGUUUGUCCUCAGCCUGGGAGAACCACACAGUUUAGUGCAGCUCUGUAUUUAUGCAGGAGUUUGCAUGCACUUUUUUUUUUAUACAAGGGGAGCUUUUCAGUGUUUUUGACAGCCCUUUUACUCCUUUCCAGGAAUUACCUUCUGAGACAUAGAAUCACCUCUGAGUUGCUUGGGCACUGUUUUGUUUCAAGAUGCUUUCAUGAGGACUUGAUGGGCUUGUAAACAUUCCUGUCAGCCUCUUUGCUUUCCUGGUACCAACCAGGUAGUCUCAUGACCAUCCAGGAGAUAUGUACCAUAUCAUGUACCAUGUGCCAUGGGCACAUGCCCUUUCCAUACGGGGAAUCGGCUACACCAGCAUCAAUGUGCCAGUUUUCUGUCUCUCAAAGGACUUGUUUCCCCAGACUGUAGCUGUAUGAGAUAUUUGCCAGUGAUGGUGUUACACAUCAGUAUGGUGGAUGUCUCUCCUGUCACCUGCAUUUAGGACCUCUCUGUCACUGCUGUGAUUACCAGUAAGAAUCAGCCUGGUCUCAUCCAUCUGUCUUGGGAACGUUUUCUCCCUGUGGGCAGGAGUCAGCCUUGCAGAGAUGCCUUUCGGGGAAACCACCUGAGCUCAUUGUCCUCUGUGCUUGAUUGGAUGCAGCUGCAAAUCAUUAUGUCCAGAGCAGGUUCAGCUCUCCCCCUUCACAGGUCCACCUGAGCAUGGAUCCAUGCUGUCCUUCCCAGCAGCCACAGCCUGUGAGCUCCCUUGCCCAUGCUGCAAGCCCACAGCCUCCAGUUCUUCACUGCUGGUAGGGUUGAGGAUAAUAUUUGAGAUCACCCAAGUCCCCUCCGGGCUAUGAUUUUUUCCACCUCCUGAGCCCCUUGGCUCCCUCCAAGCCAAACACUGGCUGCGUUGCAUGAACAAACCCAGCAAGAGACUCAUCUUACUGCUUCUCUCCAUGGCGGUUUUUCUUCUGUGUACGUCUUGUGAGUAAACUGGUGCUUCUGUCCUGUAAUUGAUUAAGUCUUUUGGAAAGCAUUGCUCUUUCCUUCCCUUUGACCCCAGGCCCCGAAGCUCGGGUUGGGUCGAAACAGUGCUGGUUUAGGGACUCCUUGCCAGGCUUUUCCAUCACUGCUCACUGGGCAGCUGCCCUCUCUACUGCAGCCCCUGCCUCCACAAAGCACUUCAGCAGAUGUUUAACUUUAAUUCGUGCCCCAAUUCAGUGCAAAGGAGGGUGCCUAAGUGCUUUGUUGGGGCCACGUGGAGGAAUUCAAAAGGCUGCUAUAAUUUCGAGCCUGGAGUUGGUUCAAGCUCUGUAAAGACUGGAAGCCUGCAAAAGGGCAUCAAACAAAAAGUCAAGAUUAAGAUAAAAUACAGAAGUAGGUUAUAGUCUUUGCAGCCGGAUCUGGUUUUUACCUUACCUUCCCAAAAGUGGUUUUAGCCACGAAACUCACCAGAAUUGUAUUUACUGGGCAAAUCAUAAUUUGUAUACUUCUACAGAUUGUAACACGUUUGGAAGCACUGUAAAAUAAAAAAAAAAAACACUGGGCUGACCUUGGCCUCAGAAACACCAAGUAUCUUGCCAAGUAUAGUGCUGGUAGAAAGCCAGUCAGGAAAGUCCUGUGAGGUUGGACGCAGCCUGUGAGCUGACUUGGGCUCCGUGGAAGACAGAGCAUGUCGCUGAGCUGACACUAAGCCAAAUGACUGAUAGAUUACAGAACUUUUUUCUAGGUGCACUUAAUUAUUAGGUAUUUUCUCAACAUGAGUUUUUAUGAGGAAACUUUUUAAAUGUUCAUUUUGCAAUUUUUUUUACCCUUUAAAGAGAAAGAAAUCGCUUUUUGUUACAUGCGAGUAGGGUUGGGGGAGGGGAAACAUUGUGGAUGAUGCAGUUUUUGUAAUAUUAUUAAGUACGUUUUCAAAACUAAGAUGUGACAAGUCUGGACUUCUACUGCAACAGUGGUGUCUACUUCCAUGCUGCUCUGUUUGCCACUGUGAUAUUUCAGUCUGUUCAAAUCCCAGUAGUCAAAACCCUUGAAACACAGAAAAGCUGGGAAUCCUGUUGAAUCACCUUAGCUCUGAGGGGCUGGCUCUGUUCUUACAUUCCAUGUGUAUCCUGGCAUUUGUUCAGCCCCACCGCUCGUCCUACGUGCAUAUCGAUAUAUCUAUAAAUACAUGCUUUUAUAUGUAUGUGUGUGUUCAUUUGUAUAUAUAAUAUAAAAAAACAGCUAUACUGUUGUUGUCAGAUACUGAGUAAAUCUAACAGAAAAGUAUUCAUAGGCACCCAGUUUUGUUUCUUCAUUUAAAUAUUUUAAAAUAAGGACUGUCCUUGGGAAAUUAUUUUUCUGUACAUAGGAGGAUAUAUUUAGGACCUAAUUAAAAAAAAAAUAAAUAAAGAACUGCCAUAAUAAUAUGUUAAACUAGCCUAGUUGCUUGAUACAGUUGUCAAAGGCUCUGCUGUGACCGUAGGUGAAGACCUUGGGCUGCUUGUAAAGCUACAGGAGCAUCCCUAGCCCUGGAUUUAAUGGUUGGUUCUGGGAUCUUAAUGUGUCCUGUAAGUGAAGGGAGCUGGUGCUUUGCCUGAACUCCUCUAUCUGACCCCCAGGCAGCAGCUUCUGCCCUCCAUGGUGGGUGCAGUUGAAAGGGGGGUGCUGGCAUGCAGGAGUGUUGGGGAAAAAAGGGAAGAAAUAGGGACAGAGCUAAAAAAGAAGAGUUUGGUGAGCAGCAGGACCUCUGCUCCCCCCCAAAAAACGUGGGUGGGUGUCCACAGGGUGAUGGAUUGGAAGGGAAAUCACUCCCAGCUGUGGUGGGUGCUCUAUGGUAUGACCCAUUCUUGCCAGGAGGAAGGGGGAAGGUCAGGUGCAGGUCUGUAGCAUCCUCCUGGCUCUGGUGCGGGUGCUUGGCCAACUGGCUGCCUCUGCUCAGGCUCCAUCUCACCACCUCCUGAGGCUUUCCCAAGUUUGCACCACCACCCUCACCCCGGGAUGGGCUGCUUUUGGGGUGACCAGACAGCACCGCCUGAGAGGUCAUGUUGGUGUAGAGGGACCGGCAUUGGCCUUCCCACACCGCUGGCAUCCAUCCCACCUUGGUGAGGGCCAUAGCAAGAAAGAACGGGCUCCAUACGGUGAGGCAACCCCUACCCCAUGGGAAAAGGCCAAGGUGGACCCCUCAUGGGGCAGGUUUUCCCAGAAGGCUUUGGCUUUGUCAACAGCUUGUGUGGAAUUACCCUAGUCCAGUCCUCAAGUUGCUGACAGGGAACUGAGUAUUCCAGCAAGCAGCCUUUGCAGACCGUGCAAUGGGUACCUUCUACUUUGUUGUUGGUAAAAAACCCCCAUAAGAUAACUGUAGUAUUUUUUUCAGUGUUAAUACUUAGAAUCAGGAGUCCCCCUCUCUGCUAGUGGUUGUGUUAAUUUUUAGCGCACUUUUUGCUGCCAAACAAGUCAUAUCAAUUAGUUUUGUUUUUUUCUUAAAAAGAAAGAAGUAUUGUACUGUCUGUAGUAUUCAUAAGAUCUUAAAAAUUACAAAGGCAUUAUAAAAUAACUGUUAUGUGUACGUCUUAAGAUCUGGCCAAAUAGGAGACAAAGUUACUUUUCUCUUUUUUUCGGAGAAAAUGGAAUUAAUUUGUAUUGUUCAUUUGCAUCACAUCUAACUAUUCUACAGUAAAACAUUCAUAUUGUGAA